AGACAACUGCUCUGUUCUCCGUCUCUUUCUCUCUCUCUCUUCUUCUCUAUCAACCUCAUUUCUCAGAUCCGUAGGAUCUUCAUUUCCAUGGAGGCUUAAAAACCCUAGAAGAUAUCCUUUAACACAUCACUGGUCCGCUAGUGAAGAACAAAAUAUCUCUUUAGCUUCCUAUCUCUCUCUGUAUGAUCUGAAGCGAAUCGUCUUUAUAUCUUCACCAAUCACCAUCAAAAAGACCUCUUUUUCAAGCUUGAGCUGGGUUUCGGAUUCUGUGAUCUUCAGAGACGCUUUCUGGGUUAUCAACAAGGCUUUUCCUUUGAAUCAAGCUUUGAUUUUGAUCAGAGAAACAAGUGUUCUUGCGUUAGUUAAGCGACUAGGUGUGUGUGUGUUGUUGUUGUAGUGAAAGCUUCUUACUGUUGACAGAUCUCGAAAUGGAAACGCUUAUUGUAGCUGUGGAACAUAGGGAUCAAUAUUAUGGGAAGAAAUCUCUUGGACAUGAUCGUUUUAGAUCUGCUCCUUCCAAAACUUUUAGGCAAAUCAAUUGCAGAACUUUUCAAUCUGGUGUGGGUUUGCUUCCGAGACCUAAGAGAACUUCUUCAACACCUUUAACCAAAGGAGCUCUUCCUCAAGUUCAGUCUCCUCGUUCUCCUAAGUCCGUUUUGCCGGUUUUUAAUCCUCUUUCGGUAGACAGCGUUAGAACCAGUCCCAUUCCAAUUGCUAACAGCAGAGGUUCUCAGAUCCGUAGGUGUUCUAGUGAAUUUGUUGACAAAAGGAGAAGCCUAUCUUACUCUGAGCUAUGGGCAGGUCCUACUUACUCCAACUCGCCUCCACCUGCUUCUGUGCCGAUUCCUAAGUUUUCUCUCCACCAAAAGAGGACGGUAUCUUUGACUUUUCCCGCUCCUGAAUCUGCUGUUGAUAUUUGCGAAGUUGCUAAGUCUGCGCCGGUUUCUCCAACCUCAUCUGGUGACAACCCUUUUCAUUGUACUGUCUCUGCCACUAUGACACUGCGUCGCAUGCUCAAUCUUGAGCUUGAGACUGCCGAUGAAUGAAGAUCAGGAGCCUUUAGGGGGAACGGGGUUAGUUUUAGUUUUAUGCACAUAGAAAUAAGGUGUUAGUCACCAAGCUGGUUUGAGUUUGUUUCUUAGCUUUUAAUGGCGAUGGUAAAGGAACAUGUAAGCAGUCUUGACUCGGAGUUAGUCAGCAGUUACUGGAUCUCCUAGCGCAGAUUGGGGUGUUAUUAAUGGUGGAACAGCUGGUUUUUAGUGGGUAGAAACAUUCAGGAAGCAGAUUCAUGUCGCGUAAAAGAGAAGACUUGAUUCGUGGUGUAGCAUAUAGGAUGGCCAAAAAUUUACCAGUCUCUAACAUAUACCCUGGGUGAAUGCUAAGUUCAUGUGGUGAUACUUGAACAUUAGCGUUUCCUCUUUGCCCUUUGUAUAGUUUCUUCUUAGAGUUGUCUUUUCCUUUUGGCUUCUUUAUCUUAAGUGGGUUAGAUAGCAUCUAGCUAGCCUGUAUAUGCAGUAGAGCCUUUGAUCAUACUGGGUUUCUGUUUCAUUCUUCCAAGUUUCGUCUUUUCGGGUUCUUAGUCUUACCUUUGUCUUGUAUCUCCCGCUCUGUCCAUAUCUUUUCUUUUAACUCUCUCUUUUUUUAAGUCUCCUUCUCUUCCUUCUAAUUCAUUUCUAUCAAGCCUUAAAAGAUGUAAAACUAACUACUCUCCUGCUAAGUGAUCUUCUUCUUCGCCUCGUUUCCUGUUUUUUUGAAAUGGAAAAGGGAAGAGGAAGUUUUACUGACCCUCUUAGAGUCUUAGACUAUCUCUGCUGGUAAAGGUUCAUCCAGAUUCAAGCCAUUUCAGUCUCACCUUUCAUCCCCUGAUUGUGAAGAAUAGACAUUCCUCAGGUUCUUACCUAGAACACCUUUGUCACGUUGGAGUUUCGUGAUUCUACCUAAUCUGAUUACCUGGGACCUGGAGUAGCUGCUACUCUGCUUUUGAUGCUUGCUGCUGCUUAGUUUCUUUGUCUCUCUACUGUCUUUGGUUGGUUUGUUAGAUAAGGAGACAAGUAUUAUCUUUGUGUUUGGAACUGUUGUGUGAAACUUUCCACAUAAGUUGUUUGUUAUGUCUUGUCUUUUGUAGUUUGUGACACUGUUGUAGAGACGUUUUGCUAUCUUGUUUUGAGUUUUUUAAUGGUGAAGGAUAUGUAUCCCUUGUUCCCUAAUUA